UGAAGAAUUUAAGACUAAUGAGUCUAUAAAUUUACAUGUUAAUUCAGUCAUUUCAACUACUUCAAGCCAUUCAUCUAUCAAUAGUCAACAGUCUAAUGAAGAUAUUAUUAUAGUGUUUGAGUUUUUAGUACCAGAAAUAAAAUUACCCAAAUGCAAACUUUUAGGUAGCAAAGUAUUAAUAAAAAGUUUGCAAUUGUUACAAGAAAAUAUAAUUAAAACUGCACAAAGUGAUACAGAUGAGCAACUAUUAAUAAUUCUUUCUUUUGCAUUACAUCCUGAAUUCAAACUUACUAAAUUUAAUAGCAUAGUUGCUAAUUUAUCAUGGAUUCAUAAUGAACAAUGGCUUAAAUAUUAUUAUGAGGCAUGGUUUAAUUAUAAACUUGUGUCUAUUUUAGGUAAACUAAUAAAAUACAAACAUGAAACUGAUCCAUAUAAUAUGGAAUCAUUUAAACAUUUUAAGAGAAAUUUAAUAGAUUUUUGGAAAUCAACUGAAGGACAAAAUAAAGUUUUGGCAAUGAGCCAAAUUUGGAGUAAUAUCCUUUGGUCUCGUAAAAUAAAAAAUACAAAAAAAUAUGAUAACCAAGUUCACAGACUACAUGUUGCAACACCUAUUUCAUCAAGUAAAGAUGUCAAACAAGAAUUAGUCAUUACUAAUUUGGAUUAUCAAGUGAGUGACAACAGUGAUAUUGAGAAAGAUAAAACUACUAGACAGACAAACCAAAGUCUUGAAGAAGACAAAUAUCUAGUUGCAAAAAAGGAACAAAGAAAUGCUACUAUAUUUUGA